AUGGCGGCCGAGGCGUCGACGUCGAGUGACGCGCUCGAUAUCCGCCUCGAGCUGACCUGGUCGGGCGUUCGCGACCGACGCAGCAACACGAGUUCGUGGUUGGACACGUUCGCCAUCUACUCGGUCAGCGACGGCCCGGAUCGAACUGCCUUCCGCGAGCUGGACCGGUCCAAACCGGGCAGGGACUGCGCGGCCGUCUUCGCCACCUCGUACCGCUUCGGCGAGACUCACCUGCUCCUCUUCGAGAUUUUCAGCGUGAACCGCAUUUCCAAAGCGAACGAGCCGAUAGGUCGCGUUUUGUGCGGCGCUGUCGACAUGCUCGUCUACCUGGACACGCCCUACACGCGAACUCUGGUGGACAGGAAAGGAGCCAAGGUGCCCGGCAGCAUCACGGUGGUUCCCCGCGCCAUCAGCCACCCGGGUGGUUUCGUGGCGCUCGAGUUCUCGGCCCGCUCGCUUCCGGUCAAGAAGCUGUUCCGCUCGAGUGACCCGAUGCUGGAGCUCUGCGCCCAGGACGGCAACGCGGUCCUCGUCACCGAGGUAGUCUCGCGCAAUCGAGCGCCUCGCUGGAAGCCGCAGGUGGUCAACUCCGACCGCUUUCCCGGCGGCGUCCUCAAGGCUCGCUGCUACGACGUCAGCCUGACGGGGGAGCGCACCUUCAUCGGCCAGGCGACCGUGCUGCUCGACGAGGUAGAAGCCGGCACCGUGCUCCCGCUAGAGGCACCCGAGGUUGCGGCGGCGGGUCUCGAGCCCACUUUGGGUGACGAGCAGCCCGCGCUGCUCGUGGAGCGGUGCCGCCAGUUUCCCUGGACGCUCAUCGACUACCUGCACGGCGACUUUUCGCUGCACUUCGCCUUCGUGGUCGACCUGAGCUCCUCAAACGGCGACCUGAGAGCCGGAAGCGAGAUGCGGCGGCCAGGAGAGCCUCGCGUCAACGGCGUUCAAGGAGUGCUUGAGGCAUACGCCCAAAGCCUCGAGCGACUGUUCCCGUCCGAGCCUUCGGAGCUGGCCCCUGCCCUAACGUACGUGGCUCAACUGACGCAACCGGCCCGGUAUCACGUGGCGCUGGUCCUAACGGACGGCCGGCUGGACUACGGGCUGAGCACGCUCGACUGCCUGGCCAAGGCGUCCACGUGCGCCAUGUCCGUCGUGCUGCUGGUGAUCGGCGAAGAAGGCUGCAGCCGCGCUUUGCGGAGGGACUUACUCUCGCGCCGUCGCGCGGGUUUCCGAGAGUGCGUGCACGUGGUCGAAGUGGCGCCGUACCGCGACCGCAUGCACUUGCUGCCGCGAGACGCGCUGGUCGCAGUGCCGGAGCAGGUGAUGCAAUUCCUGGCGCUCAACGACGUCGAGCCCGCACUUGGCGUCCAGUGA